UUGUUAAAAAAAGCCUGUUUUUUGGGGGUGAAGGCAGACAUGGAGGAGCUGAGCGCUGUCGGAGAGCAGGUUUUUGACGCAGAAUGCAUCUUGAACAAGCGGCUCCGGAAGGGAAAGUUGGAGUUUCUGGUGAAGUGGAGGGGAUGGUCAUCCAAACACAACAGCUGGGAGCCUCAAGAAAACAUCCUCGAUCCAAGACUGUUGGCUGCGUUCAACAAGAAAGAGCAAGAAAAGGAGCUUCUGAUGCUUAAAAAAGGCAAACGGCCCAGAGGACGACCACGAAAGAUCUUAGAGAACGCACCAGAGCCUGCGAAGUCGAGCAGCUCUUCGUCUGCUUCCUCCUCCUCGUCCUGCGAUUCCUCAUCCUCCUGCUCUUCCUCCUCUUCUUCCUCAGACGAGGAUGACGAUGACUCCGUUAAGCAAACGAGCCCGGUGGUGAGAACAAGGGAGCUCCAUGCCGUCCCCCACCCCCAGAAGAAGGCGCAGAUUGUGAUGAAGCAGGAGACCCAAAAGAAACGAAGCAAGAAACCCCCCGAAGCCAAGGACUUCCUGCAGAACAAGAGUCCUCGCAAGAUCCUGAAGACCACCAAGGAUGCGGAUCUUCCAGGGGCCAUCAAGAAGCCCGUCCACCCGUCCAGCUUUGCCUUCAUGGGCUUUCAUCGCAACUCGUCCGGCAGAGAUGUGGCGGGCGGUCCGUACAGGAGCCCCCUGAGCCCGGGGGGGCCGGUGAAAAUGAGCUCCGUUGGACCUGGUCGGUCCUCGGUCCAAACCUCGUCCCACCAGAGCAGAAGCGAGGGUAAACUGUCCGUCUCCAGUCUGAACAGUCUGGAUUUGAAGACGGCAGCUUGUAAAUCCAAAGGAGUCGCAGCUUUGAAUCUGAACACRUCCAAACAUCCCGUUCAGGGAACCCCUCAGCACACGCUGAGCCCACCCAGUGGACAGAAGACCCCCGUGUCCACAGUGCAGCGGGUUUCUGGGAAUAAAACCAUCACAUCCUUGUCUUCCAAAAACUCUUCUUUUAGUCAGGGUUCCAGUCCUCAGCCCCUCAACCUCCAGAGCAAAACGUCUCAGUUCACUGGUGCUCAUGGGUUUGGUCCUACCCCCGCCUCGGGUCUGAGGAGUCCAGCAAACUCKGCGAGGAAGACCGCCGUCACGCAAAACCAGGAGUCCAAUCCUCCUAAAAGUCCAGUAACACCUGGAAGACCGCCGGCCAGGAAAACCCAGGCCGGCGGAGACAAAGAGGCGAACGAAAUCCAGACCAGCAAAGUCCAAGGAAGGGCGGAGAAGUCCUGCUCGGAGACCCAGAACCAGCAGGAGAGGAUCCCCACGAAGGGCAGCAAGAAAGCCAAAAUCACAGAAAUGAGCACGGGCGAGGAGGAGAGUAGUUCCGACUCGGACCCCGACUCCUCCUGCGCCGGACGGGGUCGCUCGGUCGUGAGCCAGAACCAGGACUGGAAGCCCACCCGCAGCCUGAUCGAACACGUGUUUGUAACCGACGUCACCGCGAACCUGGUCACCGUCACGGUCAAGGAGUCUCCGACCAGCGUGGGCUUCUUCAGCAUCCGCAACUACUGACUCUUUACCCGGUCCAGACAAACCAGAACCACCUGAGGUCUCAGAGAACUGGAGAGCGGUAGGGCUGGAGGAACACGAGGGACCAAACUACAGGGUUAAGAGUUAGUGCUUUAUUUUAUUCUAGUAACAAGAAAAAUAGAAAUAAAAAUAGAGUCAGUAA